GAGAUCUACUGCAGCUACAGCAAUGGCGCCUACAAUCACUUCCUCAGCAGGCUACUCAAAGGAACAUUUGAGUCUGAACCACAAGUUAAGAAAGCCACUUGUGGAGAAGAUGCGCAGAGAUCGCAUCAACAACUGUAUCGAGCAGCUCAAGGAUCUUCUGGGUCCACAGCUCCUCAACCAGCAGCCCGACUCCAAGCUGGAGAAAGCCGACAUCCUGGAGAUGACCGUUUGCCUCCUGAGACGACAGCUCCAGCAUAAGACUCUGCCCUCCUCUGAUGAUGUUCUUCAGGGAUUAUCCAGGUGUGCCCAAGAGGUUGUUCACCUCCUGUCUAAAGAUGAGGCUCAGACACACUCCCAUGGAACUGUGCUGAACCACUUCCAGACCCAGAAGCCGUCUUCUGAUGAGGACAUGGCAGAUCAAGCCCUGCCUCAGAUUAGUGUGCUGAAUCAGCACACACUGAGCAAAGAGAAGAGUCAGGGCAAGAGCGCCCCCUGGAGGCCUUGGUAGAAAACUUCAAACCAAGAUUCUCCAAGAUUCUCCAAGAUGUUUGACCACAUUGGUCUGCUAAGAGCAUUUAUUCUUUUAAAAGAUGUUUGAUUGUUAAGGUGUUAUCUGAUUCUUUUUUUGUUUUAAGAAACUUGAUUUUCUUUCAAGAAAGAAAGUAUUUGCAAGCCAUUGCACACUAAAUGUCUUCAGUGAAGAUUUUCUGUAAAAUGGAAAACAUUUUAAAAGUUUUUAAAUAUUGAACAUAUUGAUUUUAGAAGAAUCUAAAAUAAUGCAAAUCACCAUGGCUGUACAUGCCAAUGGUUCUUGACAUGUGUCAAACUAUUUCAUUGUAUCAUUGUAAUGCAAUUAUGCUUUAACUUUAAAACACACUUCAAUGAUGGAACUACCUUUUAAAAUCUCAACUCUGAGAAUAUGUGACACUUUCUUAAUAUUUAAGAAAACAAUGUGAUCUCCCAUGUGUGAGAGUGUGAUCCUUUUCAUCCUGUUCAUUCUGUGAAAUGAACUUUCAACUGCCUUUGAUAUGGGGUUGCUGUUGUCUUUUAUAAAGACUUGUUUUAUAACCCAAUCUAUGUCUCAGUUGAGACCAUACAUUAUUGAUAUAAUAUCUGUGAAACUUGUCUGAAUCAGACAGAACUUAUGUAUGUGAUGUUCUCCUUUUGCUAGAACCUAACAAUAAAA